AUGUUUGCAGUGUCCUUGUUGAUGGUGUAUCAGUAUACAUCGCUGACAAGGAACUCGGCUGUACGUAUAGACAAUGAUGCCACGGCUCAACAAUCAAACAAACAAUAUAACAAUGCAUGGUCCAGUGUGGACAAGUCCAUAAAGAUGUUGGCCCCAGACAUCAUGCCAUCGAGGAUUGGCAAGGGCGUGCGCCACAUGGCCGACUCACCAGCAGAGCCCCAAAGACGUACGAUUGUCGUCAACCCCAACAUGACGCUCUCGUCGCUGCCGUUCAAAGUGAUCUCCAUCCUGCCGUCGGCCGAGGACCCCACCACGCCCUACGAGCUGUCUGGCGGCAACUCGCCCAUCACCGUCAUCUUCAAUCGUCCAGUCAUUGCCAUUGGCACUGAGGACCUCGAUCACCAGGACGUCAGCAGCUUCUUCAAACUGCGCUGUAACUCUGCGGUGCCAGUGGACGGCCGCUACCGUUGGGUGACCACCUCCAUCGCCCGUUUCGACGUCAAUGGCGCAUGGCCAACCGAUCUCAAUUGUACAUUUACGGUGGACCCUGCUGCCAAGACAUAUGACGGUGCAUCAUUGUCUGAGACCCCGACCCCCGUGCUCUACACCACGCCACAGUUGACGAUGAGCAUCUACACGGUCACCUCGGAGAAGUCUGACCAAUUGACCAACAACACCUGGAAUCCAUUCACCAAUGCCUUGCAACAGAAUGGCUCAUCGUACAAUGGCAACUACCCAGAGGUACCACCCGACGGCAUUGUCUACGUCACACUGAGCUACGACUUCCAGCUGGCUGCCGUUCGCACCAGUCUCAAGGCCAUCCGUGUGUCUGAUGGAGCUACCAUUCGCUUCAACUUUGUCAACUGCAAUCAAUCUGGCAUCAAUACUGCCAGAGUAUUCUGCAUUUCCUUUGAGGACCAACUUGGUGUUGGAGAAGAAUACUCCCUCAUUCUUGCUGAGGAUGCCAAGGUACAUCCCAACGCUGGACCAACCUCUGCACCACUCUCAGUUGGUGUAUACGGUCUCUUCCCAUUCGUAUUCCCCUUCCGUGUAUCAUAUCCAAUUUCAGAGAACACUCAACUACUCCUACUUCGCCAUGGCAUCCUGGACAUUGCAUCAACAGAUGUUGCCACAUUGUUGAAGGAAUCAAUCUGCUUCACUCCAAGUCUGAACUUUACCCUCAUCAUCAAGGACAUCACAUCAAUCCAAAUUGACGCAUUGUUUGAAGCUGGAAAGAAUUAUACAAUCAAAAUCAAUCCAGUUAAGACAAUACUGGAUGGAUGGAGUCUGCCUCUGCUCAAGCAUUCGGCUGACUUCCAGAUGAGAGAUGGACAGGCCUACGCGGCAGGACUCUCGCAGCAACCUCAGAUAUUCUCGCCAUCUGACAACAUCACUCAAACAUACACGAUCAAUCAGAACAAGAUGAUCUCUUACGCAUCUCUCGAUUGUGCCAGUUCACCAUACUCUGUUGCUGGAUACCCCGUUACCAAGUCCAACAUUAUUGCCGCACUCACCAGCCUUGCCACUGGCAGACCCACUGCCGAGCUUGGUGAUUCACUGGAGAACAUCACAUUGACUCAAGUACAGGACAACCAGCCCAAGGUCACAUCACUCAAUGCUAAGCGUCUCUGGCAAUCCAGUGGCGUAUUCCUAGAGUCACGCACAUCCUACAUUGACUACCAAUGCCGCCCAUACAACCAGAACCAACUCAUUCAGGAGUCUGACGUCAGUGUUGCAGUACUGGCAUACGGCCGCGACAACGCAAUCGUCUGGGUGACCAACACAACAAACAACGCCAAUGUCGAAGGCGCCACCGUCUACUUCUAUGGUCGCCAGAACGACUCGAUCGUUCUCAAGGGCAAGGCCAAGACCAGCGACAGCGGCAUCGUGUCCAUCCCCAAGAACUCCUUGCUCAAUGCCAUCGUCGUUGAAUACGGUCCCAGCAACAGACUGUUCAUCCAUCAGAUCAAUCUCGAGUACGCCUACAAUGCCGAUGAGCAGCCAAAGUACCAGUUGUUCACGGACCGCGGCAUCUACAAGCCUGGCGACGUCGUGUUGCUCAAGGGAUACAUCAAGCACACAAAGGCCCAACAGAUGACCCACACGGUCACCGUCUACUGGCAGACCGAGGACUAUGACCAAGUCACUAUGAACAUCACAUUGGAUCCAGUGUUCAACUCAUUCGACACUAACUUCACUGUGCCAAUCAACAACAAGCCUGGCCACACCUCACUCCUUGUCUCAUCGCUCAACCCCAAUGGCGACAUCGUCUCAUCCUCCUCGGCAGACUUUAUUGUUGGCGACCCUAGACUACCAAGUGGCGUUGUCACACUCGCUUCCAAUCAAACAUUCAUCGAGUAUGGCGACUCAAUGACACUCUCAAUCAAUGUCAAGACCACCAACUACCUUGGCACCGUGCAGAAUGGACAGAAUGUAACACUGCAGUACAAGUGGGCCAGCAACUUCUUUGACGAUGUAUACAAGGAUGCCAGUGGACACAUCAAUGUGAUCACCGACCAGCAUGGAGAGGCUACAGCCGUCAUCACACUGAGUGGCCAGACCUACCAAUAUGGUGACCGCAUUGAUGUCAUUGCCUCCUACUUGGACCCCUCCCGCUCAUUCAUUCAAUCGGAAACAUUCACCCGAUUCAUCACCAAUGGCGAAUACCAGUUCAAGUUCAGCCUUGCUCAGUUUACCAAUGCCCCAAGGGUCGUGCCCGGAUCACCCCAAGGCAUCUUUGUCGAGCUUUACCACAUCCCAACAAUGACCACUGUCAACGGCGUCACCGUGUCCCUCAUGCUCACCCAGUGGGAGACUGCCUUUGCCAAGCGCACUGUUGCUACCACCGUCUCGACAGACGACACCCACAAGUACUUCUGCACCUUCACCACCAACUCUGAGUAUAUUGCGCCGCCAUGCCACUUCACAAUUGACGAUCUUGAUCCUCAUGUCAUUGUUGCCCACGCCAAGGAUCCAAAGAACAACAGCAUCUCCAACACAUUCGAGGUCAACUAUGAUCCAGAGUUCUGGGCGCAGAACCCCUACAAGCUGUCCGAGUCUCUCAAUCUCUACCCCGAUCGCAACUACUAUGACGAUGCACAUCUGCCCACGAUCACCUAUUGGAAUCCAUUCGCAUCGGGCGAGGUACUGGCCUACUGGGGUUGUGACAAGUACACCAGCAUGAUGCGCAUGACCGUACCAUAUGGUGUCAACACUGUCAGCCUCCUCUCUCUACCCAAGGCAUGCCGUCAAUCCGGACUCUUCUUCUCGAUGGCAGUGCUUGGCAAGCAAGAGGGCUUUGACAUCCCCGCUGGCGUUCCCGUGUCCUCCAACAACAGGAACACAGCACGUGGCCUCACUGGCACCAAGAAUCUAAGCAUCAGACAGCCUCCAACCAUCAAUGUUACCAUCGCUCUCGACAACCCUGUUGUCACUCCAGGCUCCUCAACCAACAUCACAAUCAAGGUCACCAACUCUGCCGGCCAGCCACUCACUGGACAAGCCGAGGCAUGUGUGUUUGUUGUGGACAAGCGUGUCCUUGACUUGGUCCCACAUCCAUUGGACAAUGGCGAUGAGUUCAGAACCUACACGCCCUGGUCAAUGAUCACUGGUGAGACAUCGCGCAAUGGUAUCGUCGACAACUACAUCAUUCAGUUCAAGACCAUGCUCAGAAGACUGACCUUCAACAGAUGGCUAUAUGGCUCAUGGUAUGACAUUGAUCAGACUGACGAGGUCUUCUUCAAGGGCCACUACAACUGGCUCACCGAGUCGGCCAACAUGUUGGCACGCAAUCACCGAUGGGCAUUCAAUGACGAUAUUGCAUUCGACAGUCCAUUGGCUGCCGCUGCCCCGCCAAUGGCCGAAAUGGAUGGUGGAUCUGCAUUCCGAGGCAUGGAGAAGGGAGGUGGUGGUGGCGCGCCAAGCAACGGUGUAUCAGUGCGCAGCAACUUCCAGACCACUCCUCUCUUUGUUGCCAAGGCCCCAGUCAAGAAUGGACAGGCAGUCGUGACCCUCGACUUGCCAGACGAUUUGACUACCUUUGAGAUCCGUACAAUCAUCGUCACAAAGGACAUUGAGAUAGCCACCACCGAGGCGUCGAUCAUCAGUCGAAGAGACGUCAACAUCCUGCCCAUCCAGCCAAGAUUCGCAAGGAUUGGUGACAAGUUUGAGUGCGGUGUGUCAGUUGUCGCGAUCAACCCCAUCUCCAACAUCACCGUCACAAUCAACAUUGAACAACCAACUCUCAUGCUACUCUCCUCAAGCAACUCGUCGACAAUCAGCAUCCAACAGGGAACGACCAGCAACGUAGUGUUCUCGCUCGAGGCUCUCAGCAAGGGACCCGCUCAAAUGACCUUCUUCCUCAAGAGCUCCUCUGGAGCCAACCUCGACGCAGUCCGAGUGGAGUUUGACAUAUUGGGCAGACAGGCCCCCAUCUACCUUGGCACAAGCAUGGCCAUCACAGCUAACUCUAGUCAGCCACCAGAGGGCAUCAAGCUGCCCGCCGCCGAACCUGGCACUGGAACUUUGGAUGUUGUCGUUGGAGUUGGCCGUUACCCAUCUGUCGAGGCCAACAGUAUCCAGAUCAUGGCCGCUGGCGCAGGCAUCCUGCCAUCUUCCUCCGACCUCCUUUCACAACAGGCUGUCUUUGGCGCUCUAAUAUCAUAUGGCUUCAACCAGACCCUUAUCAAUCAGGCCAACGCUACACUCAGACAACUGGACGAGAAGCUGAAGCCAUACCUUGGACCAGACAGUAUCAACAGCUAUCCGCAUCUGACCUACCAGGACAGCUACUACCCUACACUGUACGCUAUCGUCCUGAACCGUCUGAUGAACGUCACCAAACUCCAGGGAUGGACCAUCUCUCCCUCGAUCGAUAUGUGGCGCCAGUACAUUGACCAGCAACUCAACAGACGUGUGGAGGACGCUCAUCAACACAACUACACUGUCGACAAGGAGGGCAUUGCCUACGCAUCCCUUGGUCUUGGCUACAACUGGGAGCCAACCUCACCAGACCUGGCACAAUAUGGCUGGAAGGCCCUGUCUGCCAACAUCACAGACAAUUGUGGACUGCGAUGUCAGACCUACUUUGUGCUAUCGUCGUUGUACAACUCUGCCGCUGGAUCCCCGCCCCCAGCCUUUGUCAAUUCAGUCAUCAAGAACAUUGAAAACAACAUCAGAGUACAGGGUCGCACUGCCUAUGUCACCUACGAUGCCUAUAGCAAGUCGGCUGACAUUGAGGCCUCUGCCUAUGCCGCUCUCGCCUUUAUAGAGGUUGGCCAUGAGACACCCCUGCUCGAGAAGAUUGUCAACUUUGUUGCCACUGGUGGUAUCCAACCAAACAUCGUCUAUGACUACAUUUGGAGCAUCUCAAGGGAGCAAAGGACCCUCUUAACCGUCAUCCUCACCAACUACGACAGAGUCAAGAAGAGCACACGUCCAAACCUCACUCUCACAGUGUUCAAGGAUACCCCAUCACUUGAGAUCAUGUCUGCCACAUUCGACACGAACCAUGCAACUAGUGUGUCCAACUCUGUCGACUUUAGUCUCUUGGGCAACAACGAAGGCCAGAUCAUGUUCAAGGCCGUCGGCAGCGGAGAAGUCUCAGCCGCCGUUGGAAUCACCUACGUACCUGCAACACUCCCCACCAGUCCAAUCUACCAUGGAUUCUUUGUGCAAAAGGUGAUCAAGCCACUCGGCUCCAACACUUCAGUGUCAAUGUCGCAGCUCAACAACACAUUCAAUGUCGGACAGUUGGUUGAGGUGAUCAUCACCAUCACCACCCCAGAUGACAUUGGCAAUGUUAUCAUUGAGGACGGAGCAUCCGCUGGUAUUGAACCACUUGACAACAAUGUUUACAACCUUGGCUCGGACAACAACAACAACCCAGUGCCAUACUACUUGCGAUUCUGGUACAGGCCAUUCCCAACCCAGGAGACCUACAAGACCGAGGUGAUCUUCCGUGGAAACAACAUCCGUGCCGGUUGUUACACCGUUUCCUACAAGGCCAUCGCCACUACCAAGGGUACCUUUACACUUCCACCAACCAAGGUCUACGCUCGUGACCAACCAGAGGUGUUUGGAUUGUCUGCUGGCAGCGUGUACUCAAUCCAAGCCUAA